AUGCUCAAUGGCCUGCCAUUUAUUCUCUGCGGCCCUGCCAGCCAGAUGGACUACAUCGCUGUAUUGGUGGACGUGACAAACAGUGACAUCCUGCUCGGCUCAGUGACCCUGAGUGUGUUCCUGGUCUCCCUCGCAGUGACAGUGUGUGCUGUUUGGCUGGUGGCUCUUUGUGGCGUCUGCGGUUGGUGUCAACGCAAGCUGGGGAAGAGGAAUAAGCCAGGAGUGGAAACAGCAGACACUCCAGACUCGGCACGUGGGCGAGGGGAGAAGAAAGCCAUCAAUGAUCUAGACAGAGACUUUUGGAAUAACAAUGACAGCAGCACAGUGCAGCAGAGGUGGAGCUCCUAUCCGCCCAAGGAGUUCGUACUAAACAUUUCUCCCUAUGCCCCAUAUGGAGAUCCUCGCCUCACACUCAAUGGGGCAGUGUCAGGGGGUCAGAAGGGGGCAGCAACUGGGCAUGGGGAUGAUGGGGGGGCUCAUUAUCGCAAUGACAGCGUGAAGAGCAUGGUGACAGAGGGAGUGAAGGCCGGGAGGUGGCAGACCGUCCAGGGCCACAUGCAGACCGGAGGAUUGAGACCCAGCGAGCCUGGAACCUGCAAAGCGACGACCCACACGCCUCGACGCAGUCACGUAGCUCAGAAUCGCGCCACGCGGACGGUGCACAUCCGACCGCUGCCCGCGCGAAACACACCCUCACGCAGACAGCACGCUCUGACCGCACAGACCCGCACGGUGCACACAGAUCUGACGCAGGCGAACAGGGCGAGCUCCCCGCCCGCAGGCUGCUGCCCGGCGCGGCGCCGUGAGCAGCACGCGGCUCACGGCGACCACUCGGGCUGCACCGUCUACUGCUAUUUCUGCUACUGCUCUUUGGGGGUCCAGUGUUAUCGUAUACGUCCACUUUGGAGCACAUCCCCACCCGGCCUCGGACGCUGCUGCGCCAGCAGAGUCUUCAGCAGCCUCUCAUCCAACCACCAGGCCCUGGUCUCGGCCACCACCCCACCACAUCCCAAAGUUUGGGACAAUUACACACUGCACCCGGACAGCCUGGGGGAGGCGGGGGAGGUAGCGGCAGUGGUGAGGAUGGGGGUGCAGGUACACGAGGCGGUCCCAGGGGUGGGAGCUGGAGCUGCAGGGCGCUCUCGCGCCAAUCCUGGCAGCUGGGAUUACACGAUGGACCAGAUGCGAAGUCGUGGCAUGGACGUCAAGUCCUUCCUUGAGGGGAAGCUGGUGGUCCUGGCUCUGGCCAUCGGUGUGGCCGAGCAAGAUGACUUUGCCAAUAUCCCUGACCUGCAGGAAACAGCGCAGGCACCUCCACCAUCCAAUCAGGAGCCCCCUCCUGACAAGAGGGGCAACAAGCCAGCUAACAGUCCCAAGGGCCAACCCCCUGAUGCCGACGGCCGCUCCUCCGUAACUGACCUGGCCAACUCCCUCACUGGAGACAUGGUGAUGCUGUCCCCAGGUUCAGAGGAUGAUGAUGGUGAAGGGCACAUCAGUGAGAAACUGGGCCGGAUCCAAUUCAGCAUAGGCUACAGCUUCCAGAACACGACCCUCACCGUCAAGUUACUCAGGGGCCAGGAGCUCCCGGCCAAGGACUUUUCCGGUACCUCCGAUCCCUUCGUCAAAAUCUACCUGCUGCCCGACAAAAAGCACAAGCUGGAGACCAAGGUCAAGAGGAAGAACCUCAACCCCCACUGGAACGAAACCUUCCUGUUUGAGGGCUUCCCUUACGAGAAGGUGAGAGAGCGCACUCUAUACCUUCAGGUCUUGGACUACGACCGCUUCAGCAGGAAUGACCCCAUUGGAGAGGUGUCAAUCCCCCUUAACAAGGUGGAACUGGGCCAGAUAAAGACCUUCUGGAAGGAGCUCAAGCCCUGCAGUGAUGGCAGUGGGAGACGAGGAGACCUGCUGCUGUCUCUCUGCUACAAUCCCACAGCCAACAUCAUCACUGUGAACAUCAUUAAAGCGCGAAAUCUCAAAGCCAUGGAUAUCGGUGGCACCUCAGAUCCAUACGUGAAGGUGUGGCUGAUGCACAAGGACAAGCGCGUAGAGAAGAAGAAGACGGUGACGAUGAAGCGCUGUCUGAACCCUAUUUUCAACGAGUCCUUCCCCUUCGAGGUGCCCGCUCAUGUGCUGAGGGAGACAACCAUCAUCAUCACCGUCAUGGACAAGGACAGGCUCAGCCGCAACGACGUUAUCGGCAAGAUCUACCUAUCGUGGAAGAGUGGACCAGCGGAGGUAAAGCACUGGAAAGACAUGCUCGCUCGGCCGCGCACUAACGUCGCCCAGUGGCACGCUCUCAAGACCUGAUGGCACCGCCCAGCUUCCUCCACGGCCCCUUCCCGUCUCCUGCUCCCUCCUCCUCCCACUCCCGUCCUUAUGCACAAGACUGACUUGCUGCCAGGCUGCGAAACACGGGUACAAUUAGCCAUCUGCUCUAUUAAACCUUUAAACUGUU